AUGCCUGUACGCCGUGGACACGUCGCGCCAAAAACGACUCUCAUCGAGACAAUUAUUCGAAAAUUUGAUACCCACAAUCGCAGUUUUUUGGUAGCAAACGCACAACCCGAAUCAUGCCACAUUAUCUUCUGCUCCGACGGUUUCUGCAAGAUGACGGGCUUCACGCGAGCCGAGGUGAUGCAGCGAUCCGCGUGCACCGACUUCCUUCAGGGCCAGAUGACAUCGGUCGGUGUGAUGGAAUCUAUCAAAGAGGCGCUAAGAAAAGGCGAAGAAAAGCACUUUGAAAUCCUAUACUACAGAAAAGAUGGCACAAAGUUUCUUUGCUCAGAAGUAAUCGCUCCCAUACGAUCGGAGGUGGACGACAUUUCACUGUUUAUCAUCAAUUUCGAGGAUCUAUCGAAUCCAUCUAACCCCGAGCCUAUAGAGGAAGUCAAGCUAAGCAAAUUUGAUAAAGCGAGAGCCAGCUUUCGACAAUCAUUUCGUAUUGGACACAUCGCUCUGCGCGAUCGAGGUUUACGAUUGGCCGGAUAUUUGACACCGCCUUCCGAUGCCACCCAGGAGGAGGAUGAAAUUAUUGCACCUAAGCAUCUUAUCGACGGUGAUCAUACCCACAAGAAAACGGUCCUCAAGGUGGAAACAAAUAUUUGGGCGCCAAUGUCAACACCAGCGCUCACCAGGACGAAGGAGCUGGAAUGUCUUCCACACGACGUAGAUACACUCAGUGGUCCCGGAGAGAUCGUAAUCACCGCGCCAGAGGUAGCAGAGAACUGUCGGCGGCAUUCCGUUCAUCUCAAGGAGCAUAGCUCAUCGAAAGACAUGAAACCGGAGUUUGUCCAAACGAAAAGCUUAGACUUUGAAACCCAAUUCAAACAUGGGGAAAGCGCGAAACUAAUUCGAUGUUACGAAAACAUACAUUCGCAAACAGGCCGUGGUGGAUUCGUAGAAAAACGUGCCCAUACGGUAGACGAUUUUAUGAGAGGUCCGGUAAGCCACAACGCAAGGCUCUACUUUCCGUACGUGUCGUCGGAGAGUGACCUGCAGCGGUACAGGGCGCUGCCGCUGAAGCAACAAACGGCGACGGCCCAGGAUGCGACGCAAACUAGCUCAUCACUAUCAAACGUGCCUUCAGACUCGCUGAAACACAAGGACAAUGGCUCUGGCAAAUAUUUCCAAGGUACCAGACAGACCAUUAACAUGGGCGAGAAAGUGGCUCAGGUAAGUGCCUGUUGCAAGUACGAAUACGGAUGCUUGCAGGAAGCUGCACGGAAUCGACGAGCAGCGGCAGCUGGUGCUAGUAGUAGCAGACUGGUGGACCACACUCCAGCAGCGGCAAAGUAUGUGGAUAAAGCCAUGUCCGAGGCAAGUUUGCGGGCCAACUCGUGCCUCGAAUUGUCCGAAAUUCGAAAGCUAGACAGCUUGCUGAGGCAGUGCGAAACCCUCAGCUACGAUGACCUGUCGUCGGGCAGCAACGGCGAGCGCGAGCUAGAGGACUACAUGGAACAGAAGAAGCGCGUUCGACGCCCGCGACGCAACUCCUCCGGCACCUGCAUCUUUACGCCCCCGAUCGGCGGCAAGUCGACGACGAUGUCCCUUCUGGCGAACCUACACCUGCUGAGCAGCGCCCGUAAGCUGAUGGGCGCCGCCAUGCACGGCCACGGCCUGAAACCGACCACAGUCGACCCGUCGUCCGACUACUGCUGCUCCGACGAGUACUGGCUGCUAUCGCAAAAGUCGCUAGCUGCCACCAAGAGCUGCUCGAACUUGCCGCCGAAAGGGCAGCAGCAUCAGCAAGAGCACCGCCACCAGCACCGGCUGUGUAACCACCGUUCGGCCAUCGGGCCAGCAGACGGUAAACUGCACUGUCUGGAGAACUUUUACAGCCUGUCCGAGAGCAUCCUCUCGAAAAAUCGCCGCAAGUCCGGGCCGGCUCUGGGUCUGGUGGAUGACCAGCACCACCAGCUGCCCACUGCCACCGAGCCUACGAAAGCGAACGACGAUCACCCGAACCUUCAGCUGACCAUUCCAACCUUCGAGGAAUGCCGCCACGGUCGGGGCGGCUGCAAACAGGAACCGGAAGAGGAAGCGAACCGGAUAGUGAACAUCAUUGAGACGCCCAGCAUUGUGCCGAUCUCGAUGAAGAGCCUCAACAGUGCCCUGUCGGAGCGGCUUAGCUACCCGGCGGCGGCGAAGGCGCACGACGCCAAGUCCACCACGGACAACAAAUCGCUGCUCUCGCAGGCGAACAGCGUCCGAUCGCGGCAGUCCAAGUUCUCGCCCCUCUCGCGCAAGGUUUCCCACAAGACCAGCAGCUUCGACGCGGAGCCGACCGAGGGCGUCAAAGAGUCACUGCUUGGGCACAAGUUUGAAAAGAUACUUCCCGAACCGGUAGAAACCGUACUCUCGCUGGGCGCGGACGUGCUGCCGGAGUACAAGCUCCAGAGUCCUCGGGUUCACAAAUGGACAAUACUGCACUACUCACCCUUCAAGGCGGUCUGGGAUUGGAUUAUCCUGUUGUUAGUUAUGUACACAGCCAUAUUUACCCCGUACGUUGCGGCGUUCCUGCUGAGCGAGCCGGACUAUAAUCAGCGCAAGAACCGGAAGUACGCCGAUGAUCCGAUUGUGAUAAUUGAUUUAAUAGUGGACGUGACGUUCGUGGUGGAUAUACUGAUAAACUUCCGCACGACGUUCGUGAACGGGCAGGACGAGGUGGUGUCCCACCCGGGACGGAUCGCGGUCCACUACCUGAGCGGCUGGUUCCUGAUCGAUCUCGUGGCGGCCAUCCCGUUCGACCUGCUGCUGGUCGGAAGUGACACCGAUGAGCUUGGCUUGGACAAAGAUGAGACGACCACGCUGAUCGGUUUGCUGAAAACGGCCCGAUUGCUGCGCCUGGUCCGGGUGGCCCGAAAGAUCGACCGGUACUCGGAGUAUGGGGCCGCCGUACUGGUGCUGCUGAUGGCCACCUUUGCCCUGAUCGCCCACUGGCUGGCGUGCAUAUGGUACGCCAUCGGUAACGCCGAACGGUCGCAACCGAAGGGUAAGAUUGGGUGGCUAGAAGCGUUGGCCACGGACACGCAGGAGUACUACUAUCCCAACAACACGGGUGGUGGUCCAUCGGUGAAGUCGCGCUACGUAACAGCGCUGUACUUCACGUUCACGUCCCUCACGUCCGUCGGAUUCGGGAACGUGGCCCCCAAUACGGACGCCGAAAAGAUAUUCACUAUUUGUGUUAUGCUCGUUGGCUCCCUCAUGUACGCCAGUAUCUUUGGAAACGUUUCCGCCAUCAUACAGCGCCUUUACUCAGGGACUGCACGGUAUCACACGCAGAUGCUUCGGGUGCGGGAGUUUAUUCGCUUUCAUCAGAUACCGAACCCCUUGCGGCAGAGACUGGAGGAGUACUUCCAGCACGCCUGGACGUACACGAACGGAAUCGACAUGAACUCCGUGCUAAAAGGUUUCCCCGAGUGCUUGCAGGCCGAUAUUUGCUUACACUUGAAUAGAAAUUUGUUAAACAAUUGCUCCGCUUUCGAAGCUGCCAGUCCAGGGUGCCUAAGAGCUCUCUCCCUCAAAUUCAAAACCACACACGCUCCGCCCGGUGAUAUUUUGGUGCACAAAGGGGACGUACUCACGUAUCUGUACUUCAUCGCCCGUGGGUCAAUUGAGAUACUCAAAGACGACGUCGUAAUGGCAAUAUUAGGCAAAGACGAUAUUUUUGGCGAAAAUCCUUGCAUACACUCAACCUUAGGAAAAUCAAAUAGUAAUGUUAAAGCUCUGACCUAUUGUGAUCUGCAUAAAAUUCAUAGAGAUGACUUAUUAGACGUGUUAGAUUUAUUCCCGGAAUUUUAUGAUAGUUUUGUAAAUAGUUUGGAAAUUACGUAUAAUAUGCGAGAUGAGGAGCAAGCCGGUGUCGAGCUGCGGCACCGAUAUAUGCGAACUGGAUCACAGGAUCGGGAUAGUGAAACUAGAUCGUAUGUUAGAAAACUAAAUACGGUACACCACAGACCGCCCAGCAACAAAUGUGAUAUGCCCCAUGAUAGAAGCUCGCUCGGACAGCUGAGCACUAACUUUGACGACGAUCGGAAGUUUUCCCUGUCCGGAAUACUAAAUCAGUUGAAACGAAGCAUACCCGAUCUUAGCUCACACAAGCAUCAACCAUUAACGAACAAAUGUGCCUCCCCGAACGAGAGUCCCAAAAGUACGCACAAGCAGACCAUUCCGCGUCAGCACAGCCAGCCGGAGCAUCCGCCGAUGGCGAGCUUUGGUGGGCGCGCCGCACCCGACACGGUCACGCUCAGUGCGAUCAGCAAUCGGGCCUGCACGUGUGGCGGUCCGACGAAGGGCGACGGUGGGACUAGCGGCGGGGGCGUCGGGUCCGCCGGGCUGAUGCGCACUUCGGAUAGCACCUCCAAAAGCAGCCCGGAUGAAGAUAUCUUUCAACAUACCGCACCGAACACGACGGUUAGGGCGAGCGAUUCCAGGCACAGCGUUGGGCAACUAUCGAACAAGCUGGCGGAGCUAACGGGCCGAGUCGAGAGUCUCGAAACCAGUCUCAGAAGCGAUAUGCGAACAAUACUGGAUAUCUUACACCAACAACAGGCGAUGCAGUUCCAGCAACAGCAACACCAGCAACAGCAACAGAAUCAUUUUGUGCUGCAAAGUCAGCCAAUGAUGCAGCCACCGGUUUCCUCGUAUCAACCGUCCGAAAGUGAUUUUUCAUUCGAUAUCUGCGGCCCAAUAUGUGACCCGAGAGACGUGCAGCAGCAGUCAUCGCAGCAGCAGCAGCAACAACAACAACAACAGCAGCAUCUCCCGCCAUCGUCUCAGCAUCGCAGCAUGCACGUGCACCGCUCCGUUUCUCAGCCGGAGUGCACCGAUGAUCGUAGCUUAUUCAAAUGUUCGAAAUUUUCAUCGUUCAAUCACCCGAUCGACGACACGCCGGAGGGUCAAAAUUGGAACAUUUUUGCUCCGAUAGCAAAGCUGGAAUCGCUGGACGAAAUCGAUCAAGAAACGAAACCAUCGUCCAGCCAGGACAAACGGCAGAUGAACUAGUAGUAGCGCAACCCGCAGAGUAGGCACGCCAAUCCAACGGAAGCACAUCGAUGGACAUCGAGAACACGGACACGACGGCCUCUAGUGCGGUGUUCAUCGUAUAUUCUAAUAACGAAAACUAGUAUGAAUUUCUUUUUGCUGCAUUCCUGUGUUUUCGAACAACACACAAAAUGGAACAAUACUCCUUCUCCUGUACAUACAUUUCUCUCCUAAACACAGACACCUAUAUUGAGAAACAAUAAAACACAACCAACACACACCCGACAGCAUCAGCGAAUCGCGCAAACUUUCCAACUCUGCUUCAAACACGCGCCAUCGUCACACGCUAAAGCUUACGUGCGUGAAAAUGAAGGGCCCUAAAACGAAACGAAAUGUCGGCACCAAAGGUCCGCCGCAUUUAUUGAUACACGAGGCGCUCAUUUUCAGAUUGAUUCAGCCACCAUCACCACCGCAACCCGCACGGCGCGCAGGAGUGAUAAUAGCAAGUGGUGUGUGUUGCCAUUUUUAAGAUUUUUCACCAACCGUUUUUCCAAAACAAAUUAAAUAUUCCGGAACGGCACAGGGACGGCGCAAAAGAGAGUGAGAGCGCGGGACAUAGGAUUGCGGUUCUCGAGGUGCUCGCUCCGGUGGCCAAGUCAAGGACUGGAAUGGGUACCUCGGGGUCCCAGGCACACAGGAGGAAUCGUACACAGCAAUAAUGACAAUUAAGUAGCAAACCGAUUUUUCCGUUAAUUCUCGAGCACAACGAGGCUGGGGGAGAAGGAUUGCGAGCCAAUGUUGUUCAUUAGAGAAGGUUCGUUAAAUUAGAAGAGGUCACAUAUGAGUGAAAAAUCACCACAUUAACACACCUACACGCACACGCGCAAAAAACCAGCAAAUAAUCAGCUAAACGAAACCGCAACGCAACAAGAACCCAACCACAAAUAAAU